UCAUAAUUCCACGCCCUAACGGAUACGCAGACACCAGCAGAAGCAGUCUGGGUAAUCUCAGCAGACACCUCGUCCUCCUCUCUUUCUUCUAGCCAGUGGAUACAGCAACUCUGUGCACUACACAAUCAUGUCUGACAAGCCAGACCUCACAGAAAUCGCCAAGUUUGACAAAACCAAGCUGAAGAAGACUGAGACAAAAGAGAAAAACCCUCUGCCCACCAAAGAGACUAUAGAGCAGGAGAGGAAAGGUGAUGCAACACCGUGAGCUAAGAGACAAGGAGAAGACAAGCACAAGACAUGUCCUUCUGACAUGGCAGAUAUUACAAUUCCUAUUUCUGUUUAAAGGGUGCUAUUGCCCCAUGUGAUGCAUGGUUACCAUGGCGAUUGGAGAAACUGGGGCCUAUGAAUGGGAGAGUAAUGAGGGAUGACUUGUGUCAGGGUUAAAAAUAGAUAUUUUACCUAAUUCUGUUCAGUGCAUUUUUUUUAUUA